UCCGGCGACGAUCGCCGGCGCCCCCCUCCUCCGAACGCCGCGGCUGCCGUGCGCGCGAUAGGUGACGGACGGCAGCUGCUAUGUGUUCUUCAUACACCGCACACUCAGUGGAGGAGGAUAUAUAUACUGUAGUAUAUAGCUAGAGUAAUAUUAGUUGGUAAGCAUGGAUCGAUUGGACAUGAUGGACAACAUCAACUGCCGUCGGGUGAUGACGAACAAGCCACGCAUCGAAGCUCAAUCCUCUUCGUCGGUCGACAGAGACAGGGAGAAGGAGGAGGACGAAGCACAACAGGACGAAGUGGCCGAGGCGAUGAAGGCACCCCUGCUGGGUUGGAAUCACAAUCACCACGAAGCGGCUGGCGGCAUUGGCAACAACAGGAGGCGGCUUCUGUCAAAGCAGCUGUCAAUGAAGGAGACUACCAGGGAGGCCAAAUGGGAGAAGCGCCGGCGGCAGAUACUGCGGCGUAGCAGCAUGGUAUCGCUAAAUGACGGAGGAAGCGGUAGCAGCAAGAGCAUCAUCGACGAACGGCAUUAUUGUCAUCAUGUUAUGAGGUCUUCGUCGGAGUGCGUAAUGAGGCGCCUGACUGACGAGGACCUUGACGAGCUGCGGGGCUCCUUCGAGCUUGGAUUUGGAUUCGACGAGGACACCGGCGGAACACACCUGCGUGACACGCUGCCCGCCCUCGAAUUCUACUUCGCUGUGAACCGGCAGCUGUCGGACCGCAAGCUGCGGACGCUGGCGGCGGCGAGCCCCACGUCGACUUUAUCGGCCGUGUCUUCGUCGUCCACGCUCCCUGACAUCCCGAGCCCACGCAGCCCCAACGCCGGUGCAACCGCCAAUGGCGGCGCCGACUCAUGGAAGAUUUUUACCCCAGGUGACAACCCUCAGCUUGUGAAGACGAGGCUGAGGCACUGGGCGCAGGUGGUGGCUUGCUCCAUCAAGCACGGCUGAUAAGACAGACAAUUAGCAAUUCGUCUGAUCGUAAAUCCUCAUCUCGCGUCAAGGAUGUCCUGUCGUCGACCAAUAUGUAUAGGUGCGUGGCCAUGUUAAAAUGAACUCUUGCAGCAACCAAAUAUGAUGUAAACGCGUGAUCGCCAUGCUGUUGUCUGUCAUUCCUCAUGUACACAGAAGAAGCUUAGUGCGUAACAUGAACUAAUGGUGCACUGACUCUAUCA